CUGCCCCGUCCCCGAGCUCACAGAAGCCAUUUGACUCGACGGGCACGGCCAUGACCAGCCAGUCCCAGGGGAUCCACCAGCUCCUUCAGGCAGAAAAAAGAGCCAAGGACAAGCUGGAGGAGGCCAAGAAGAGGAAAGCAAAGCGGAUAAAGCAAGCGAAGGACGAGGCGAUGGUGGAGAUUGACCAGUACCGGAUGCAGAAGGACAAGGAGUUUCGGAUGAAGCAGUCGAAGGCGCUGGGCUCCCAGGGCAGCACCUCGGAGGAGAUGGAGGAGCAGACGCGGGAGGCGAUCAGGGGCCUGCGGGGGAGCUACAGCCGGUGCGCGGAGGGCGUGCUCACGCAGGUCCUGAGCAUGGUGUGCGACGUGCAGCCCGAACUCCACGCCAACUACAGAGCCGCCGACUGAAGGCCUUCCCCCAGCAACGGAACAACCUGAGGACGUGAGGGCCCUGCUCCCUCCCCAUCUGGACCCUGUGCCUGACCAGAAACCCCUCCGUGGACCGCCUGCUCAUCCCGAUGGCACCUGAACACACAGCCAGGCGCUCCACAGAAAUGCGGAUGGGCCCUGGCUGGUGCUGCUCAGUGGUUAGAGUGCUGGCCUGAGAACCAAAGGGUCGCUGG